UGCAGCCAGCUGGCUGGGCCUUCGAGGAGGCCCAGGCUGAAUCUCGAGUCACCCCACUGCAACGCGCGGCCAAGCGCUCCAGCAAAAGAAAGCCCUUUUUUGGUAACAGCCCCGCGGGUAAGCAGUACCCGGUUCUUCGGCCCGCUAGAGCCGCCUCAGAGUGGCGAAAACAAACGUCUGGGUUGGGCGCUCCGCUGGCCUUUCCAAGGGCCCCCACCUCCGCGCGCCAGGAACCCCCGGGGCUGUGGGGGUGGAGGAAUCGAGUCAGCACGAUCGCAGGAAACCUGGGUCUUUCUGAAGACAUCUUAUUACAGUGGUGGCAACUGAGUCCCUUAGAACUGUGGACUUGACAAUGAGCAUGACAUCACCCUGGGCAACAACAACAGAGGGCACUCCAGAUGAAAGAGGACUGGUGAAUCCACUUCCAGCCCAGUCAAACAUGGAGAAGAAAAACUCAUCCCGAGAGAGCCCCAGAAGACUCUUGGCCAAACUAGGCAAAGGCACAGAGAUGAAAAAAGUGGCUCGUCAACUCGGCAUGGCAGCUACUGAGUCAGAUAAGGACUCUGGAUUUUCAGAUGGGAGCUCAGAAUGUCUGAGCUCGGCAGAGCAGAUGGAGUCCGAGGACAUGCUGAGUGCCUUGGGCUGGAGCCGGGAAGAGAGGCCAAGGCAGAACUCCAAGACUGCAAGCAACGCCUUCCCUACACUGUCCCCCAUGGUCGUCAUGAAGAAUGUGCUGGUCAAACAGGGUGGCAGCUCAUCCCAGCUCCAGUCGUGGACCGUCCAGCCCUCCUUUGAAGUGAUCUCCGCGCAGCCACAGCUCCUGUUCCUUCAUCCGCCUGUGCCAUCUCCUGUCAGCCCAUGUCACGCUGGUGAGAAAAAGUCGGACUCCAGGAACUACUUGCCUAUCCUGAAUUCUUACACCAAAAUAGCCCCACACCCGGGCAAAAGGGGCCUUUCCCUCAGCCCAAAGGAGCGAGCAGAAAGCGGAGUGAGGAAGAAAAUGUGUACCGAGAGACGCGGGCCAAGCUUGUCUGCCAGUGAGCCGACCAAGACUGGUGCUGUGCCGUCCAGUCCCCCGACUCCAGCACCCCCCAGCAUCAAGGCUGCUGAGGACUCAGCUCUGCAGGGUGUGCCCUCCCUGGUGGCAGGUGGAAGUCCACAGACUCUUCAGCCGGUGUCCAGCAGCCACGUGGCUAAAGCUCCCAGUCUGACCUUUGCUUCCCCCGCCAGUCCUGUCUGCGCAUCAGACAGUACUCUGCAUGGGUUAGAGAGCAACUCUCCCCUCUCACCGCUGUCAGCUAAUUAUAGCUCACCUUUAUGGGCCGCAGAGCACCUCUGCUGCAGUCCGGAUAUCUUCUCAGAGCAGCGGCAGAGCAAACACAGGCGCUUUCAGAAUACGCUAGUAGUGCUACACAGAUCUGGCUUGCUGGAGAUCACUUUGAAAACCAAGGAGUUGAUUCGUCAGAACCAAGCAACUCAGGUAGAGCUAGACCAGCUAAAGGAGCAGACCCGGCUCUUUUUAGAGGCCACGAAAAGCAGGGCUCCUCAGGCUUGGGCCAAGCUGCAGGCAUCUUUAUCAUCGGGGGCCAGUCAUACUGGCAGUGACCUAGAAGCAUUCUCUGAUCACCCAGACAUAUAGCACAGAAGGCAUCUUUUCUUGUUACUCGAGUGGUUCUUUUUAACUUGCUGUUAUCUACUCCUAUUUCCCAAACCUUAUGUAAGAGCUUUUCCUUCUAAACGUAAACUGUUCAGCAGUUCACUUAUGAAGCCACAUGCCAAUACCUGACUGCUGUGUUAACCUGUGGUCUAUGCACGGUUUACCUAUGUCUUCGUUCCACUGAGCACCUCAGAUGCGGGGUGUCCUGGAGUCUCCUUUUCCUUAGCCUGCAGGCACCUAGCUGGAUCAUGGGGCAGAGCAGGAGAGAUGAUUGUGUGGGGCUCUUCUAGCUGUCACCUCCCACCAUCCCACUCACUCACCGUGAUCAAGGGUGCAGUGACAUGGAUGAGCAUACAGUGACACCUGUCAAGCAAGGGAGUAGGUGACAUGAGGAUCCUUUCACAGAUCUUCCCCUGAAUGUCUUGCCACAGAGAAAAGAGGAGGUGUUUGCAUCAGGGCGCCGGUGCCAUUGGGGCUUAGGUUGGGCCUAGGGUGCCAGCACUUAAUCACUUAAAGCUGUUUUCUUAAACUUGAGAGUCAAGUGGAAAGGGUCGUACCAUUUAACCAACUCAACACUUUCAUCACAAGCCAGGGACCUUUUCACUUAAACUGGUAGGCAAAAGAACUUCAGAUUUUUAAAGUGUGGAACAGAUUCAGUACCAUCUGGAAUUACAGUUGAUGAAUUGCUUUUUUGACUUUAGAGUCUGAAAAAAGUAGACAUGGCUAGCAUCUCUUGGUCAGAAACUGGAAGAGUCUGUAAUUUGUGCGUUUUCCCCCCUCUCUUUGAAACAAUGCAACCUGUUUUAUGUGUGAAAAUCUUAAAGGUAGCUUCAUGGUUCCUCAGAGUGUAGUGUAAGUUAACCCGCUGCUGCUGCUGCUUAUUCCUCUUUUGUUUCUAUAAAUGAGGAAAGAAGUGAUGAUUAAGCUUCAUAGACUCGGGAUUAAAGUCACCCUGAGGAUAUGAACUAUAAGCCCACAAAAAUGGGAAAACGUUCUCAACAGUUUUCACUCCAGAGUGUUCGUUUGCCCCACACGUCGCACAGUGACCUGGAGUGACUGUGGAGCAGGGUCUUCUGUGUUUCUUCCGUUGGACAUCGGCAGCAAACCCAGAGGUGCGGUGUUGGUUAUCUAGGAAUGGAGGGUGUGAGGAGAAUUUAUAGCUGAUAACACAAUCAGCUUCCUUGUAAAGGAAAACUAGAUUUCGAAAUAGUCAACUUUCCAACUUUUUCUCCUCUUAUUUAAAAAUGUCAUCCUCUUGAAAAUCAUUAAAUACGUUCUGGAUGACCAGCUUAACCUUUUCUGCACGGAAAACGUUCUUAAUGUUUUCUCAAGGAUGGAAGCUAAUGCUCUUAUUUUCUAGGUCAUUUAAAAAUGACAAGGCUUCAGAUUGCCUACACUUUGUCCUCAAACGCGUAUGAGUUAGAUAUGACCGAUUUAGAAAUCUACAACUUGGUAAAAAUCUCUAGACUCUCCUGGUCAGCGCAGAAUAAUUACCUGCCAUUUGCUUUGUGAAAGUUUCGAAAAUCUGAGCAAAUGUGUCUUUAGCCCGACUCAGCGCCUUUGAAUAAUUUUCCCUUGGCCGACUCUCUUUGCCUCCCCUGAAUCCAUGUGGUGCUACAGCAGCUCUGCUCUGCGCACCAUGCUAAGAAGCUUCCUUUCUGGCAGAAUAUGUUUGGCAACGAAGCUGUAGAGACAGGUGCAUUCAGAACAGCCUGGGCAGCAGUCAUGAGUCUCACUGAGUGUCAAAAAUCUGAACACAACUUGCUGAGAACCACAUUUAUUCCAUCAGAAAAACCCUCUGUGGAACUCUAAGCCUUUUGGACUCUUCCUAGAUUAAGGCUUGCAUUUCCCUUCCUGUCAUGGUAAAAGAUGAUGAAAGCCACCAUUGGUCCUCACUGCUGAGUGGCAGGGAGUUAGCAGCACCACCCCCAGCUCUUCUCUGAUCUUACAACUUAGUGCCGAAAGUCUCUCUAGGCUCUUAGCAUGGGCGUUCCUCCCCUAGUGGAGCUAUAAGCAGGCGAAGCCAAGCAGAGAAGCUAGAUCUUGGAAGGAGAAUCUACUGAAGUGAGCAGACAUUUGGGGCCAGAAGCCAGAUCGACAAAUGGAGGGACCUUGGAGCUGACCAGAAAGACCUCUGUUGGUUGCACACGGCUGUAAGUAGUGGUCGUAGCGAUCGAUGCAUGAUUUGACCUGGUGUGAAGCAGUGCGGCAGAGCGACUGGUUUCUGAAAGUGAGAAGCCAUUCUUAGCUCAAACCAACCCGUAAGAGAACUUGUGGCAGAUUUUGUUGGCAGCAUUGAAACACAUCUAGAAAAAGCUGCUGAUUGAAUUGGUUAUGGAAAUGGAGUUUAAUGGCAUUGUAAUUUAUUACUCUCAUUGCUUUUUAUUGAUUAUACUAUUGUCUGACUUUGAUUCCUUCAGCAGAAAAGUAACUCUCGUGCAUAUAUUGAAGUGUUUUUCCAGCUAUGGAUUCUUUAGGGUAGAAUUUUACUUACCAAAUGUGAAUUCUUUUGAGGAAGUAUGAAGUUUUGUAGAAAUUGACUGUGAAAUGUCAGAGAAAAAUAAAAGUCACUUACUUGAAAACCA